AUGGCUGAACAAAAGGACAAAAUAUCAGAAGAGCAGAAAACGCAAGCUCUCCAGCUCCAAUACAACAAUUUCCAAGAAGCCCUCACAGAAUUGCAAACACAGCUUUCGUCCAUAACGUCCCAGGCCCAAGAACACGGUAUCGUGGACAAUACACUCUCCAGCAUUCCACCUGAAAAAAGAGGUGACCGUAAAUGCUUCAAGAUGAUUGGAGGAGUUUUGGUUGAAAAAACCGUGGACGAUGUGAUCAAGCUUCUAGACGAGGAGAAGAAAGAGCUCGAGGCGUCCAAGGAAGCACUUGAGAAAGAGCUCGUGGAGACGAAAAAGAAGAUGGACGAGUGGGUCAAGAAAAACAAGGUCAAGGUUGUGAGACAGUGA